AUGUCUGCAAUUCUGCAAUAUACCUUGGCAGGGGUAUCUCUCCUCGCCGCCAUGAUUGUCACCAUCCUCCACGGCCUCGCCUCUGCAGCCUUGCAGUCCGUACCCCACGCCCCAGCCGCAGGGCUUGCACCAGUUGCCCUGGGGGCCCUCACCUGUGCGGCAUUAAUCGGACUGAACGUGAUAUUACACAAAGACGUCCGAAGCGGCCAACAAUGGCCAAAGUGGAAACAAUUCGUCUUCUACUUCACCGGUGCAUACCUCCUCAUCGCCGCGGCGUCCAUCACUGGCACAAUGGCCAGAGACCAGCUUCGAUCAACAGCAAAUCAACAAGGGCUCUUCAUCGCUCGCUCAGUCUUCUGGUCUUUCUCCGUCUUCACGCAGGGUCUAUACUACGGCUACCUGAUUGUGGCCCUAGUCCAAAAGAACCAAACAACUUCCACAUGGCCACACCCAUACUCCCAAGAUAUGAAGCUGGAGACAUUCCCAGAUAGCCCAGCCACCCUCACACCCCCGAGCCGAAUCUGUGAUCCAGAAGAAUUCAAAUUCGACACUCGUCGCUCCUCGCUACGAAAGUAUCCUCGACGUUCGCACCGGUUCUCGGGAGGAACCCUCUGCCUACAGAAGUCGUUGACCAACACAACCACCACCACCUCGGAUACAAAUACAUACAAAGACAACACAAGCACAAAUAAAGAAACCCGCCCCAACUCCUUCGAAACAACCUCAUCAAUCUCAACAAUCACCCCGCAAACACCAACAGAACCACCAACCCCAACCCUCCAACAAGACACACGCCCCCUCCUCCGCACCAGCAUCCGGAGCAUGCCCAGUCUACGACGUGAACAACACAUCCACGCAUCACUAAAUAGUCUCGUCCGCCCUGCUCCUGCUCCUGCCCCAGUCUCAGUCUCACCAAUGUCCCCAUCAUCAUCAACAACAUACCUCCACCCAGACUCACCACACACACCCAACUUCCCAACCGGCUCCUUUCCGGGCGAGUCAAACAUCCACCCCCUCUUCCGAAGCAAUAGUCCCUCGCCCUCACCGACGCCGGGACUCGGGACAUCAGUCAAAGCAUCGCCGUCUGCAGGCCAGACGAUAACGAAGCAGACAUUGACGAGGAUGCGCUCUGCGCGGUCUUUGCGUGAGCGGGAGAGGAUUCCGUCGCCUUUGCCUUCGCCGACGGGGUCGUCGUAUUCGUUGGCGUUGUCGUUGUCGCCGGAGGAGGAGAGAGGAGGAGAGGGUUUUGGCUUUUAUGGCGGGGAGGAGUGGGAGUGGGAGUGGGAGUGGAAGUAG